AAAAUAAAUUUUAUUUAUUUAUUUUUUUGCAGAAACUGGCAAAACUCGCAUGUCAAGUAAAAAAAUUACUCUCUUUUCUUCAGUUUCUUGAUCGAUUUAAUUAAAGAAUUUUAUAAAUAUAGCGUGAGACAAAGAAAGGGAAGUUAAAAAUAAAUAAUUUAUAAAGUUUUCUUCUUCUAUUCUGCAGAAGAAGAAUGCUUUUGUCACGUACUCUCCUUUUGUAGCUUCUCUACUUCUUCUUCUUCUUCUCUCUUCUUUGUGAAAGAUAACUUUGCAAGAAGCUUCUUUGGUUGUUGAAGAUGGAGAGAUACAAGUGUAGAUUUUGUUUCAAGAGCUUCAUCAACGGAAGCGCUUUAGGCGGUCACAUGAGAUCUCACAUGCUUACUCUCUCUUCUUCAAAACGUGAGGAACGGCCGAGUCAACUCAGCGAGGAAACAGAGUCUGAUGCUUCUUCUUCUUCUUCGUCUGAUGGUGAUAAAGAAGAAAUGGAGUUUGGUUUCUCCGAAAGCGAAACAGAGUCGUCGAGGAUCAAUCCAACUCGGAAACGAUCCAAGCGAACUAGGAAACUCGGAUCGUUCGGUUUCGAGUUCAAGAAGCUGAAAACGAGUCAACUCGGUGAGACAGAGCAUCAUCAUAGCUCAGCUUCUGACACGACGACGGAGGAAGAUCUCGCCUUUUGUCUCAUUAUGCUCUCUAGAGACAAGUGGAAGCAACAUAACAAGACAAAGCAAACUCUAGUAGAAGAAGAAGAUGAGUCAGAUCAUGAAUGCAAGAACAGAGGAAGAGGAGGAAGAGGGAGAUUCAAGUGCGAGACUUGCGGUAAAGCGUUUAAAUCUUAUCAAGCAUUGGGAGGACACAGAGCGAGCCACAGAAAGAACAAAACUUUCACAAAAACAGAGCAUGAGGAGAAAACAGAGUACUCUGUUUAUGAGGAGAAGAAAAUUCACCAGUGUCCGAUCUGUUUUAGAGUUUUCAGUUCGGGACAAGCGCUUGGAGGUCACAAGAGGUCACACGGAAUCAACAACAUCGUAUCGGGAAGAGUCCCUAAAGAAGAAGUAUCGGUGAAACAGAGGAUGAUAGAUCUUAACCUUCCUGCACCAAACGAAGACGUUGAAACCUCUAUGGUGGUGUUUGAUGAACGGUGAAAAGGUAACAGACUUUGCGUGAUCUUAUCGGUUUAUUAUUAUUCUUUUUUUGGGUUUUGAUCGAACUCUCAAAAAAAAGUUUAUGUUUUUAUUUGUUUUUGGUUAUUAUUAUGAUUAUUUUUAAAUGCAAUGGUGGCUACUUUUACAUGUUCUAACGCCAUGCCUUCACGUCUUGUUGGCCUAAAUCAAUGAGCAUUGAAGUUUCAUUAGUGAAUAGAAGAAAAAAAUUGUGUAAGUUUUUUUGUUUAUAAAGUUCUUAUCAUGUUUAGGUAAUCGAUUUAGUAUGAUUUUUUGCAAGUAUAAAUUCUUAGUUUCUA